CCAAGGAAUUAGGGCUAGGGUUUCCUCGUAGGUCGGCGAGAGGAGGAGUGCGGCAUGGCGGACGAUGUGGGCGAGUUCUACUUGCGCUACUACGUGGGUCACAAGGGCAAGUUUGGGCACGAGUUCCUCGAGUUUGAGUUCCGGCCGGAUGGGAAGCUGAGGUACGCCAAUAACUCCAACUACAAGAACGACACCAUGAUCCGCAAGGAGGUCUAUGUCACCAACGCUGUGCUCCGGGAGUGCAAGCGCAUCAUCGUCGACAGCGAGAUCAUGAAAGAGGACGAUAGCAACUGGCCACAGCCGGACAAGGUCGGGCGCCAGGAGCUGGAGGUUGUGAUAGGCAACGAGCACAUCUCCUUUGCGACGUCCAAGAUUGGAUCGCUGCUAGACGUCCAGAGCAGUAACGAUCCAGAGGGCCUUCGCAUCUUCUACUUCCUCGUCCAGGAUCUCAAGUGCUUUGCCUUCUCGCUCAUCGGCCUCCACUUCAAGAUCAAGCCAAUCUAAGCCACUGGGAGGGAGAUACACAAGACCAUAGCUGAUAGAAGCUCCAUUUUGAUUAGUUUUUCCACUGUCUUCUUGUAACACAAUCUCGUCACACAGGUUCUGUGUCGACGAAUGCGUGCAAAAUUGUUUCUUGCCGCGAAAUGGAAAGAAAAAAACCAUCGUAGCUUUUCCAAUGUCAA